UCAGUGACCCCUUCCUGUCCCUGAGGGCCUGAGAGCGCUUUUCGGAAACGAUUGGUGUGCUAUCUGAGCUUCACAGACCACGCUUGGGUAUCUUGGGCCUCAACGUCUUCGGAGACUGGUCGUGUGUCUCGGGUUUUGCCGUCAAAGAUACAGGGCUAUACACAGGGCAAUCUUGUGAGACGGAUUAUAGGGACGGCAAUUGCAUGAACGCAUUCAGACGAGCGCUAACGAAGCCUAUGAGAUUACGGGCUGGUGCAUACGAACAUGAUGGUGCAGCAAAACCGCACAAGAUCUACAAUGGAUCUAUCGAAAAGGCAGGCCAUAUAUCAGUACCAACGACUCCCCUUCGAACGCUAUCCACCCCAUCCCUUCCUCCCUACAUUAUACUUCGCCUGGACACUUACCCUAUUUUACGCCUGCCACUCCCCAUCUCCCGUUCCUCUAUCAACCCUCCACUUCCUCACCACCUUCAGCCUGACCGAAUCCCUCAUCCACCCCACAGUCCACCGCUCAUUAUCCCUGAAUCGCUGCAGCGUAACGCUCGUCCUGCAAUUGUCUACUCCAACCCCACACCAAAUGGCCCGCUAUUUAAUCUUGCGCAGCGUCGUGUCUGGACGUUGGUGAACCGAGUCCGGAUCCGUGGACCAGAUUUUCCCGUCGAGAGUUGCGACGAGCAUUUCUGCCACGGUGAGCCUGGACUUGUGAGAGAACGUUUGGGGGCGGAAGUCGAUGGGCUUGGAGGCCAUGAAACGGUCGAGAAGCUUGGACAAGUCGAGGUGAGGGCAUAUGUAGGGAGGGUCUUGCUUGACGAGCUCUGUGAUGAUGGAUGCGUUCGCGGCCCGGAAGCGUAGUGGUGUAUACAGAUCGAUGAAGUACUUGGCUGCGGCUUCAUACUUGACGGGAAACACGCGGUCGAGAGUAAGUGUGUGGGAGUUUAGAUAUGCUUAGCUUGGGCUUGCCUACCGGUAGCGGCUCCGAUGUGCGAUGGAAGUCCCAGUCUAACAACA